AAUAAAGUAUUAAACAAAUAAAAUUCCAUAUUUUCUAUUUAAAAUUUUUGUCCACAACAAGUAGUUUUGCUUUCUCCCGCAGAAAAGAACCAACCAACUCACUGAUUCAUACUUCCAGCGAAGAGAAUAUUCUAGAAGAAGGAAAAAAAAAUGGAAUCGCCAUCAACGACGACUGGAGACACCAAAAAGGUGGCGGUUAGGUCGUCGAUCGUCGAGUCAAUUCGCGGCUGCGGCCUCUCCGGUAUGCGUAUUGACAAGGAAGACUUGAAGAAGCAGCUUACUAUGCCUCAGUACCUUCGUUUUGCAAUGCGUGAUUCCAUUCGUCUUCAGGAUCCAACCGCCGGAGAACCUCGCUACCGGAAUCGUGCUGACGGUGAAGAUUCCGCUGUUCCUUCUUCUCCUAUGGUUGUUUUCAUCAAUCCUCGUAGUGGCGGCCGUCAUGGUCCUGCUCUUAAGGAGAGGUUGCAGCAACUCAUGAGCGAAGAACAGGUUUUUGAUCUAUCAGAUGUGAAGCCUCAUGAAUUUGUACGGUAUGGAUUGGCUUGCUUGGAGAUGUUGGCUGGUCUCGGUGAUUCUUGUGCUAAAGAAACUCGCGAAAAGCUCAGGGUUAUGGUUGCUGGAGGUGAUGGUACAGUUGGUUGGGUGUUAGGAUGUCUUACAGAACUUCGCCAGCAAGGCCGAGAGCCAGUUCCUCCGGUAGGGAUUGUUCCGCUUGGGACAGGCAAUGACCUGUCUAGGAGUUUUAAUUGGGGUGGUUCGUUUCCUUUUGCUUGGAAGUCAGCUAUCAAGAGAACUCUACAAAAGGCUAGUGCUGGGCCAAUUCAUCGUUUGGAUAGUUGGCGACUUUCCAUUUCAAUGCCUGAAGGCACACCCGUUAAACCACCACAUUGUUUGAAGCAUUCAGAAGAGUUCACUCUUGAUCAGGGCAUAGAAAUUGAGGGAGAACUGCCUGAGAAAGUUACAAGUUAUGAAGGCGUCUACUAUAAUUACUUCAGCAUAGGAAUGGAUGCCCAAGUGGCUUAUGGCUUCCAUCAUCUACGCGAUGAAAAACCCUACCUUGCAAGUGGUCCAAUUACAAAUAAGAUUAUUUAUUCUGGUUACAGUUGUACUCAGGGCUGGUUCUUCACACCUUGCACAAGUGAUCCAGGUCUAAGGGGACUUAAAAAUAUUUUGCGGUUGCAUAUCAAAAGGGUCAAUAGCUCAGAGUGGGAGCAAAUUGCAAUUCCUAAAAGUGUAAGGGCAAUAGUUGCUUUGAAUCUUCAUAGCUAUGGAAGUGGAAGAAACCCAUGGGGUAAACCGAAACCCGAAUAUUUGGAGAAGAAAGGCUUUGUUGAAGCUGAUGUAGCUGAUGGGCUCUUGGAAAUAUUUGGUUUAAAGCAAGGAUGGCAUGCAUCGUUUGUCAUGGUGGAUUUGAUCACAGCGAAGCACAUUGCUCAGGCAGCAGCUAUUCGAUUGGAACUCAGAGGUGGAGGGUGGAAAAGUGCCUAUUUGCAAAUGGAUGGGGAACCCUGGAAACAGCCAUUGAGCAAGGACUUCUCGACAUUUGUAGAGAUAAAGAGGGAGCCUUUCCACUCACUUGUGGUUGAUGGAAAGUGAUUCCUUAGAUGGUUCACUGUUGCAUAGCUGGAUUGUAUUAUAUGUAACCUUAGGUAUUGGCUCACCUUACAUGGAAAAUUUGAAUUUCAAAAUCUUCCCCUUUUGUUGCUUUACUGUGAAAAAUAUAGUUUAUGAAUAGGGGAAAGUAAUUCUUUAAUGGUUUCCAUAGAUAGCUUUCAUGGAAGGCAUGUGUAUAUCAUAUGUAAACCUGGGUAUUGGCUCUCGAUUUUUUUACUGAAUUGAUUAUUAUUGUAAAAAGAUCUUAUUCUUUUGUUUGGUUAAGGAAAUGUUGUUUUCAUCA